AUGGUGGAGAAAGAAUGGUAAACUAAAAAGUUGCAAUGUGACAUUGUACUGGCCAGGAUUAGUGAUGCCCACUCUGGCACAGCGAACACAAAGAUAUGUAAAUAAAUUAGAAUAUGUAAAUAAAUUAGAAAUUUGUCCUAAGCGUUUGUCUAGCUAAAGUUCAGCACAUUUACGUACUAUUGAUUUCAAUGAUAAUUGAGAACCCGUUGGUUUAUCUUGCACUAAAAUCAAUGGGACUUUAAAAAUCCUCAAAUUUGGGUGCAUCACGUCCCCAGGUUUAUGAAAAGUGUAGAUAAUGAUAUGUUGUCUGAUAUUUAUCAGUUUUUAAUGUACUGUGUUUUUGAAGCUGUUUUAAUUACAUUCCCAUACAUUUAAGAUAUUUCUGAGUGUGUACUAUUGAGAAAUGUAUUUCCUUUAGCAAUUCUUGAAUUGUGAUGAAAAAUGUCUAGCCUUCUGAUCUUUUUUUUCACAUGUCAGGUUCAUGUCUCUGAAUUCUGCUAAGCUUCGUGUAAUCCUCAUGGGGAAACUUGUGGGCAUGCAUAACAGAGUGUCUUAUGGUCAGGUAUUUAUAGUAAGUUAUUAAUGGAUAUGGGCUAUGCAAGAAGCAAAGGAUCAUUUUUCAAUACAUAAAACGUCAUACUUCGUUUUAACAUUUGCUUAGAGUGUGAGGUCUUCUCUGUUUCAAAUGUGGAAAAAAGGUGAGGAGGAUUUGUUCUUUUUCUUAAAUCUUUUUAAUGAAAUUCUAAAAGCAACAAUAAAAACUUUAAAGAGUGUAUAUGUACUUCUGGCAUUUUUAAAAUCCUAUUGCAACUGUAGUACCAAAAACCUGCAUGCUUUGCUUUAAGCCAAAAUUAUUGAUGGUAAAAUGUUUGGUAGCUUAGUAGAUAAAUAUUUUCUGUUUCAAACUGCCUCUAGCCACAUGCUUACUUUCAAAAUGUUUGUAAUACUUUUUCAGAUAUCUAUUUGGUAUCCAUGAAUAGUAGAAACCAGAACCAUCUUACCAUAGGGAGUGUUGCCUGAACAGUAAUAGAGAAUAACAUUUCACCAUAUUUGCAAUAUGCAUGGCAAAUAUUAGUGCUUUCAUAAAGUAACCAGAUCUGUAUAACAGAUGUAAAUACUUGUCUGUCAAUAAGGAAAAGCUCUGAAGCUAUAUGUUAUUAUACUUUAUUUAUGAAGUUAAAUUCUGAGCAGUUUUACUCCAGAAUUAUUGGGGGGGGGGGUUGUUAAUGGGUGCAAUCCACUUUGUGUCCUACAUGCCUUCCAGAGUACUUGAAGAAAUUGCAAAGAUGUCCACAACAUCGAAUGUUAUGAGAGAGGAAGAAAAACUUUUCUCUAUCCACUUUCUCCAUGCUAUGCAUAAUUUUGUAAGCUGCUAUCAUGCCACCUCUUCUCUAAACUAUAAAGUCCCAAAUUGUGCAACCUUUCCUCGUAGGGGAGUUGCUCCAGGCUCCUGAUCAUUUUGAUUGCCGUUUUCUGAACAUUUUCCAACUCUACAAUGACCUUUUUGAGGUGGGGCAAGAACACAACAGCUGUAUGUUCCCCAAUAGUUAAACAAGUAUUGAGCAAAGCAAUAGUAAAGGUCAAGAAUAGAUUUCUCAGCAUCGUAUCUGAUGUGAUCCCUUUUUUCCUACCAUGGGAAAAAUCUGACAGUGGGCAGGAAAUCAAGUUGUUGCUUUUUAAAAAAGAGAUCAAUUGAGACUUUUAAGUUAAGACAUCUCUGCUUUUGUUUCAGCUCUAUUUGUUUCUAAUUCUAUAUAUUUAUUUCCACAUAUAUAGCUACUAAUUUUUCUGGAAGUGCAGAAGAAAUAAAAGAAUUAGAAAUCAUCUUUGAAGCAUAG